UGCAAAAAUAUGAUAUAAUACCACUAGUGCCAAAUCUAUUCAUUUUGAAGUUUCAUUUUGCUUUUUGAUGACAGUAAAAUUAGAAAGGAAGAAAUUCCAUGAAAUCCACCCAAAAUAGAUUUUGGCUGGUGCUUCUCUUUAUGGUUCUUUGGAAUGUUUCAUACAAUUCAGGUGGCAAGAAAUAUUCGGAGAUAUUCAAGAGGAAACCAAAAAAGCCCUGCGACGAAGAAACUUUGGUUAAUCUUUUAGCCGAAAUUCAAGUUAUUAAUCCAGAAACGAUAAUCAAUUUGAGCACACUUGAAAAAGUUAAACCUCUCUGCAAGAGAGUGGCGGAAAAUCUAGAAAAAAUGGAAGAACUCUUAUCAGACUGUGAGCCUCCACAUCAACCAAAUCUAUAUCUUCAACUUAUUAAAGGGGUGGAAAUCUUAUACAGAAAGUUGUGUACGGAUUCUCCAUUCAGAAAACAAUUUGAAGAACAUUUCAAAUGCCUUCACCAGUUCCGAAAAGAAUUUGAUAAAUGUAAUGGUGCUCCUGACUGGAUGGAAAAUUCAGAUCCUGAAGUUAUAUGCGCAGAGUAUAAAAGAAUUGCAAAUUGUUAUUAUGAAGUGGCAGGUACCCACUGCGGCAAAGAAGCUGCUGAUGUCAUGAAAGAGCUGGUUAUUUCGAUAAUAAAUAGCAUUUUGACAGUCAAAUGUGACAUCGGGGGAAACCCUGAAGAUGUGAUAGAGAUCGAAGCAGGACCAGAUCACCCGAAGUUUAAACAGACAAAUCUACCAAAACUAAAAGAACAGAAAAAUUACUCAAAUGCAAAUCACCUUGUUGUUGAAGCUGAUCAAAUGAUAUUGUCUCUGUUCUUAAACAUUUACAUUACCAUGAUAUUUUAAUCUCUCAAUAUAAGUGAAAUUAGUCUCCA